ACUCGUCGUUCCUGGAGAACUGGAGAAACAAAAACUUGCAUAGUCUUCGCUAAUCUUAAGUUGAAUCCAACGGUGCAGCUAAAUUUCGGUUCACUCCCAAGUGAAGAAACCAGGUGCAUUAAUGGACAUGAUCUCAUCAGCAAAAUGGGUAUCUGAUUUCGAAAUGGAAGAUCCUACUUUCAUCAAUCAAUACGAAAUGAGCGCCCUGGACUACUCACUUGAUGAGCUCAAUUUCCAAUCUUUCUCAUCUGAGAGCUACUCAUCCUAUCCAAAUUUCACCCCAAAAGCCGACAACUUCAGCAAAGCAUCCAUCGAAAAUCUUCAUCAGAUGUCCGGGAAUCAUGAAAGGCCAGCAAAACAGCCUAAGAACAACACUAGUAGUUGGAACUCUUGCUCCACUGACCACAUAAUUACUGCCAAUGCUUCUUCUUCCUCCUCUUCAUACCUAAUUUCUUUUGAAAACUCCAACUCAUCACCCCCAACCACUUCUCAGCAGUACUAUGGUCUAGAUUGCAGAGUUAUCAAGCCAAAGAAUGAAGUGGAAUAUUCCAAUGGGAAAUUGAACCCUCCAGCUUUGAUUUCCCAAGGUAUCUAUGACCCCCAAACUUGCUCACCGAAACAUGGACAAGGGAUCAAGAGGGCCGCUACGGUGACUAGAAGUCCUUUAGAUGCUCAAGAUCAUGUUCUUGCUGAGAGAAAGCGCCGAGAAAAUCUCAGCCAGCGGUUCAUUGCUCUAUCUGCCUUACUUCCAGGCCUGAAGAAGACGGACAAGGCUUCGGUCCUCGGAGAUGCGAUCAAGUACGUGAAACAUCUUCAAGAACUUACGAAAAUGCUGGAGAAACAAGCAGCCAAGAAAACUGUGGAAGCAGUGGUGUUUGUGAAGAGGACUCAGUACUCAGCGGAUGAUGAUAUAUCCUCAUCCGACGAGAACUCUGAGAGCUGCUCUAACCAGCCACUACCAGAAAUCGAAGCAAGAGUUUCGGACAAAGAGGUCCUCAUACGAAUCCACAGUGAGAAAACCAAAGGAUGUUUGGCAAGCAUACUGAGUGAGAUAGAAAAGCUUGAUCUCACCAUUGUUCACAGCUGUGCCUUGCCCCUUGGCAAUUCAACUCUUGAUAUCACUGUAGUUGCUCAGAUGGAUGUAGAAUUCAGCAUGACAGUGAAAGAUCUUGUAAAAAAUCUAAGACAGGCUUUGCUCAAGUUGGUGGGACCAGAAACAUGAAGUUCUGAAGUUCGCAUUACGCAUGUCUUUUUUUUUUUUUUCCCCUUUUUUUGGUGGUUUUUUCUGGCUUUUAAGACCUUUGGAGGAAACACCAGCCAUUGUACUCAAGCUGCUAGCAAGGCUUUAUUUUGCAGGAGGGUUUUUCCUUUGUGAUUUUUUCGUGGUUGACCCGUUAACCACGUUCGAUUACCCUCGUGCUAUAUAUGAAAACCUAGCUGCAGGUUUUGUUUUUAUUUUUUGUGGAGGGCUUUUGUGUAAACUUCCUUUGUAAUCUAUUGUCACUUAAAGGUUAAUUAUUGUUGUUUUAUU